AUGGCUAUAGCCGCUCGUCGUGUUAAUAACGAAAUAACAAAUUUAUGUGCCACUUCCAACCCAUCAAUUCUGCGCAAAACGUCCAAAGAAGAUCUCGCUAAAUUUUCGUGGGAGAAUAUUCAUAAAGAAUUGAAAGAAAGAGCGCCGAUGUUCAUGCGCUUUAUUGAAGCUUCUGUCCAGAACCCUUCCCAGGCAAAAAAUGUAAACAAAAAGGACGAUAACCUCAUACCACCUAUGUGUGACGCUGCUUCUCAACUGAUCUCCAUUUUUAGCGAAGGAAUGUGUGCUACCAGAAGAAUAAAGGGCGUAAUUCUUAAGAAGAACGGGCUGAAGAAAAUCGGUUUCCAAAGAUUGGCUCGAUUAUACGCGUGUAUGGGGUAUAAGUCAACUAACAAAAUGUUCGAAACUUUUGCCAAAGAUUUUGACAUCAAAUUAUUGACAUGGAAAGAACAGGUAGAGAAAGAUGUGAAAAAAGAAAGGGAAAUUUUGUCAAAGUCGAGUAAGCUGGAUCCGAAUGCUGAAGAAGAGAUUAUUUCGGAAGCCAAUAAGCUUCAAAAACACCGAGAGAAUAUGCAUCCGUCGUACUCAUUCGCAGGAGAUAAUGUGGACUUUAUUAUAAAGCCCAGACAAAUGAUGAAAUCUAAACAGAACAAAGACUUCCAUAUGUUUCAGAACGUUGCAUACGAAAACAGGAUUUCACCUAACAAUCUAAGCGAUGAUCAGCCCAUUGUCGACGUAGACAAAAUAUCAUGGUUAACCUUUCUUCCAAGUGCAAUGGAACAAACAAGUUUAGCUGAAGAAAUCACUGUUAUGGUAUGUCAACUAUGGGCGAAGUACAUUCCUGCUUUGAGUUGGUUCAAUGGUUAUGUUCCUACACACAUUCCUCACAAGCACAUGGAAGAUGUUAAGAAGAAGACAAACAAGGUAAAUGAUAGUAAUUCAUACGCAUUUCUGAUUAACGCAUUGCUGAGAAUAUAAAUAAUGGUUACAUUAUUUAUAUUCUUUAAAGGUGAUCUACAGUCCGUAUGUAAACAAAGCCUUUGUUUACAUUUUUGCGUCCAAAAUAUUGAGCUUUAUUCGACAACUAUUUAUAAUUUCAAGCUUCUAGAGUAUAAUAAAUGAUCAAGAAACAACAAUCAGGCUUUGCAAGAACCAAAAACAUAGUUAAACUGUUUGUAUCAUAAAAAGUGGGCUCCUUUGUGCACAUGCGCAGAUUGGACUGUAGAUCACCUUUAAAAAAAUUGCCCUGGAUUUUGAGACUUGUCCCAGGAAUGCAAAAAUGCAGGCCAUAUAUAUACCCCUCCAACCCAAAUAAGAAAUUGCUUACAACAGCACUGGGGUACAAGGCAUAUUUUAAUGAUUUAGCAGUGGGGGGCCAUAACUGAAGCCAAGCACCGAAAGCACAAGCCUUGCAUGGGUGUCCGGGGGGAUCCUUCCCCGCAAAAUUUUGAAAUCUGGAGUCUCUGAAAUUGCCAUUUCAUGCAUUUUUCGGAGGCGAUUUUAAAUAAUUCUGAAUACUAAAAAAGUGAAUGUUUUAUUUCAAUAAAAUUUUUUAUUAACUUAUACAUAUGAUAUAGCAUCUGAGUCAAUUCCAUUUUGUGGACAUUACAAUCAGAGACAGAGGCCAAAAAUUAAAAUAAUAAUUUGCAUUACUUAACUUCGUGUAUAUAUUAAAAUAUAGUCAUUUUGUGUUUUUAAUUAAAACUUAAUUUCAAACCAUAAAAGUCAUAAAAGCAUUAAUAUUUCAUCAAAUACAUACAAAGUCAUACCAUUCACACUGUAACGAUCCAAUGUAUUAUUGUCUGAGGUAACAGUUUAAAUGCAAUAAUAUGUUAAAAGGGCCCAGGGAGUGGGGGCAAUUUUGUGUGAGUGGCCCGGCCAAAUUGCCCCCCCCCCAGUAUAUAUGUUAAAAUAUGCCUUCCUGGGGUAUAUACAACUAUUUUAAUACAUUUGUUUGGAACAGGUACAUUUAGGUGUUCUUCGGAAAAACGAGCAAUACGAGGAAGAUAUGAUAGACAUAUUGGAGUGGAUUCACAAAUAUGUUCCAGGCCAUUCAGAUAAGGAUGAUCAACCUGGUACUUUAGUAAAAGUAUUAAAUAGCGGUGAUUACCUUACUCAUGAGCGGAACAAAUCAGCACAAUCAGCAAUGCAAGAUGGAAGAACACCAUCUGCAAAAUUACUUGGUCUAGUAAGUAAGUUUGAAGAUUUCCACACUCAAUGCGAAUGGUUAAAGGUACAGUAUAAAUAUUGACCAUCAGCUCGCAAUAGCCCAAACACCCAUAUUUUAGCAUUUUACUCUGUCUAACACCAGACAAUGUUACCCACUUGUUGAAGAGUGUUAACAGUGCCUCUUGUUAAACCAUUAUAUUUAAAUGAGCCCAAAUGUUCACAUUUAGCACCUUUGCUUUGUCUAUUACCAGACAAAUUAACUUCAGCAGAAGAGUAAUGCAAGUAUAUAAUUAGAAAUAAUUUUAAUCUUUGUCAUAUGUAGUCUUUAUGAGGAGCAACUUAUACUAGUGAUCAGGAUUUUGCCAUUAUUUUUAGAUAUUGCCCAUCAUAACCAAAUGAGAAAUUCUUUCCACUUAGUAAUCAGAUGAAAAGUGUUGCUACAUCUGUACAUCUUAAUCAUUAGAGUAAGAUGUACAGCUGUAGCAACACUUUUCAUUUGAUUACUAAGAUCAUGCAGUAAUUACUGGAAACAAUUUCUCAUUUGGUUAUGAUUGGCAAUAUCUAAAAAUAAUGGCAGAAUCCUGAUCACUAGUAUAAGUUGCUCCUCAUAAAGACUCUAAGCUACAUAUGACAAAGAUUAAAAUUAUUUCUACACACACCCACAUUAGCCACCAUAUAAAUGAGAGUUGUCUUAAAUGCUGUUGGAACUACUCCAGCUAUCACUACGAUUUAUUUAUCGUGGAAUGGGUAUUGGUAGGAUGUGAUAUAAGCCUAAAUGCUUCAAAAUGUUCAUCCAACGGAACAAUUCUCCCAAUCUGUCUGUCCAAUGGACAUGAAAGGCAGCCUCAGCCUAGACAUAGGCCUUUACUCGACUUUGGCAUUAGCAGGUGGCAGCUGCUAUGGCAUUAGGCUAAUGACAUUACAGGGUAGAAAUGGAAGGCUUUUGUCUAGGCUGAGGCAGCCUUUAAAUGCAGUGCUAGGUUAUGCAUCAAAGCCACAAACAACCUCGUACCCAGGCUCUUUCCUGAGGAAAGAGCCUGGGUACGAGGUUGAGCCAUUAAGUAUUUUUCUGAAAGGACGUAAACUUUAAUCUGACCAUUCUUAGAAGUGUAUGAUAAAAAUGCUGGUGAAAGCUGUGUACAUUAUUUAUUGAAUUUUAUUCACAAGUAUUCAAUGGUUAAAAGUACUGUUUCUUAUUUUAAAGGUCAUAUGGCUGCAUUUAUAUAGUGUAUCAUCUGUAAGAGAUCCUGGAACUCUUUAUCAUGCAAGAAAUUUAAUCUGUGCAAGAAAUGUAACAAAGGAUCCUUCCAAGAAUUAUUAUGCAGCAAGUGAGUUCUUAGAUAAGUUUGGUGAUGCCUAUUUGGUUGCUGGUGCUCUUGAUCAUUUUGGAAUGACAUCAAUGAAUGAUGAACAAACGGUUAAUAAAUAUGAGAGUCUUCCAAAUGAUGAAGAGGCCAAACAAAGCUAUGUUCAGAGAACUGUUCGAAAUUUUAUUGACAAACAUGUCAUGAAUCAAAUGCCACAGCAGGAAUCUGCAGUGAUGAUUGACAACAUGACUUGCCGGUACUGUGGUAAGAAGUAUGUACGAAGAAGUUACCUUAAUAAACACGAGAAGGAGCAUGGCCACGUUGAGGACACGCAGGAGUCUACCAAUAUGAUAACCUGUGAACAGGAUCACAUUUAUAACUACACACGACAGGUAUUAGUUUUGCUUCUUUUACGGAUAAACCACAACAAUGCCAUAAGUCUUGGGGAUGGCGGUCGAGUUGUUCGAACUUACAAGUUCUUUUAUCUGUUCUUUAAAAUUUCUGGAUGCCCUAAAUAUGCAUAUGCUACCCUUGAGUUAUUAGCACAGAUAAAUUAUCUGUUAAGUCCAAGGUUAUCAUACUCAUUGACAUGGAAUAGAUUCGUUAAUCACAAAGGACUUAUUGAUUCAAACCAUCCGAUAGAUCUAGAUGUUGAACAUGACAACAAAUCGUUUAAAACAGACAUUCAUAGUUUCCGAGGAGAGAUCACAGACAAAAGUAUCUCACGAGUAAGUCAGAGCAUUGAGGUGUCCAACGCAAUUUUGGCUAGUCAUGAUAAAUCAGCAUGUGUUCGGAAGCCAUCUGGGAGACACUCGAAGAUCUCGAAUGAAGAUGAUGUCAAGAUUCUAGUUGAAGAGUUUCAGCAAGCAGAACUAUACAAGUGCAUUCCCGGGCGGUGCCACAAAGCCUUUCCAAACAUGAAGGAAAAUUUACUUGAUGAAUUGGACAUGACCAAGUUCCAGCUAUGGGUGAAGAAUUCAAUGAAAAAGUUUUGUGAAAAGAGCUACUACAAAUAA